AGUGAAAUAAAGAAUGGUCAAGUGUAUGUAAUUUUUGUUGAAAAUCCAAAUCGAACUCAUACUACUAGUCUCAUUUUCUAUCUGAAACAUUUGCAUUUUUUCAUACCUAUACCUAUAUACAUAUAUGUAUUUGCAUUUUCCUUAUGCUAUUUUUAGAUACUACAAGAAAAUCGUACAGGGUAGCCGCCUACAUUUUGGAUGAAAUUCGGAUAUGUUGUAGAUCAUAAAAAAAACUUCGGUGCUGUUCGUGUCCAUCUCCUUCAUUGUGCUGAUGGUGAUCUCACUUGUUUGGCUGCUAUUCUACUAUAUUCAACGCUUUAGAUACCUACAAACGAAGGACCAGCAAUCGCGUCAAUUGUGCUCGGUUACCAAGAAAGCCAUCAUGAAAAUACCUACAAAAACAGGCAAGAGCAGCGAUGAAAAGGAUUUGGACAGCGAUUGUUGCGCCAUAUGCAUUGAGGCAUACAAACCAUCCGACUGCAUACGAGUAUUGCCCUGCAAACAUGAAUUUCACAAAAACUGCAUCGAUCCAUGGCUAAUUGAGCACCGCACCUGCCCGAUGUGCAAGUUGGACGUGCUGAAAUUUUACGGUUUUGUGUUCCUUGGUAGUGAAGAGAGUAUUCUAGAAUAUGAACCUGAUCGUCCAGCCGCAGCCGAAGCGGUCGCCACUAACACAGCUGCCACUGGAAAUCUCAACAGCACCAACAGUCCCGCUGGUGUGCAACGCGCCGGCGCGCUUGGCGAUCUGAUGCGUAGUCGUGAUUUUGUCAUCGAUUUCCCGCGUAUUUUUGUGCUCGAUGCUGGUGGCGUGACAGGCACGCACGAAUCCCUAUUCCCUUCGCGCUUGCCAGAGCGUUCGCAAUCCUCAAUUUCGCUGGCGCAUGCCAAGGAUUGGAUGUCCGCCAUGACUAACAAAUUGGAUGAGCAGCAUGGGUUGCGUCGAUUGCGGCGUGGCGUUGCGCGCGAUGGCAUGGAUGAGAACUUGCUAACCGUAUGCGCGGAGGCAGUGAAGAAGCGUCGCUCACGCUCGGCGGAUGGUCGCUAUUCGAGUAGUCAUCAAGCGCGUCAGCAGGCCAUGCAGCUGCAGAAUGCCCAGGAGGGCCGCGAUUGUGAUGAGGAUGUGCCGCGCGCGGGCGCAACCAUAUGCGGGAAUACGCUGCGUCCCAAUUCCAAUAUUCUGGAUUUAACUGACGCUGUUUAUGCGCAAUCGCAUCUGCGUCAACAACAGGAUAACAACUUAGCGCUUCCCGGACGCCAUGAUACCGUACUGCUGCAUACGCGUCGCCGUUCGAUAAGACGUAGCAGUGAAGCGGAUAUACAGUUGCAUGAGUUGCCUUAUCGUUCACCGGUGACCAGUCAAGGCGAUAGUGUGGCGGUUAGUCGUGAAUCGUUGCCGCCGCACGAUGUGGCCAUAACUAUUCAAGUCAACGGUGAAGGCAUCGAAUUGGAAUAGAGCUAUAGACUGGUUUUGCGCGCUUUAGAGUAAUUAAGGAUAAUAGAUAUUCAUCUAACAAAUGUCAGCUAAUUUCUGCUGCUAAAGUGUAUGAAAAAUGUGUUAAUUUAUGUAAAUGCCGUUACUGUUUACAUAUGUAUACAUAUACAAAACAUACAUUUAGAAAUAAUUGUGAAGAUAUGCGUGCCAUGGAUGCUUUGAAUAUCCACAAAAGUCGUAAACAGCAACUGUAGAUUUUAAAUAAAAUAUUGAACUUCGAGAGGAAUUUUGAUAGCUGAUCAACUUCAGAGAACGUUCUCUACAGUUUUGUGUUGUUGCAGUGGCUACUUAACCCUGCUUAUUAUAGAGUUCAGCUAAAGGUGGGCCCAGCA